AUGGACCGUACAAGCCUUGAAGGUGGCGAAAAGAUGUCCGAGAACCACAAGCAGGUUGACGGCAGAGCCAGGCCCGAGUCUGUUGCUAUGGGCGAGCAAAAGGACAUUUCACCUGAUGCUGCCAGACUGAUAGCCAUGGGAUACAAGCCACAGAUGAAAAGAGAGCUGAGCACAGUCCAACUUGUCGGAGUCGCCUUCAUGGUUGCCGCGUCAUGGCUGGGCGUGACAGGCGGCUUCUCGACUGGUGUUGUCAUUGGCGGCUCAGCUUCUCUCGUCUAUGGACUCAUCAUCGUCGCCUUCUUCAACAUCUUCUUUGUCACCACCUUGUCUGAGCUGGUCAGCGCCAUGCCAAACGCCGGUGGCCAGUAUUACUGGGUGACCAAGCUGGCUCCCGGGAGACUCGCUCGUCCAUCAGCCUACUUUACGGGAAUCUGCAAUCUCUCUGGAGGUAUUAUUGCUUCGGCUGGUGCGACCGUCUUGAUGGGCUAUAUGGUCCUCGAAGUUGCAAAGCUCGCUCAUCCUGGCUACGUCAUCCAGCAAUGGCACGCCUACUUGAUCGGUCUCGCCUUUAACUUUUCGACCUUCAUUAUCAACAUGAACAAGGACCACGUGGCCAAGGGUGUCUCAAUUGGCAUGUUUGUCAACAUCAUCGUUUGCGCAGCCGUCAUUGUCGUUGUACCUGCCGUUAGCACCUCUCACACCGAGGCAUCCUUCAUAUUCGGCAGCGUCGAGAACAUCAGUGGCUGGAAGUCCAAGGGCAUGGCCUUCCUCGUUGGCUUAAUCAAUGCCAACUAUAGCUUCGGCCUGAUCGACACGGCGGUACACAUGGCCGAGGAGAUCAUCGAGCCGGAAAAGAACAUCCCCAAGGCCCUAUACCUUACCGUCGGCAUCGGCUUCGUGACGGCUUGGCCCCUUGCCGUCCUUCUGAUGUAUUGCAUGACGGACUUUGACGCCAUCGUCAAUACCGAAACCGGUGUUCCACUGCUCGAGCUAUUCUACAUUUCCCUGCGAAGAAGUCAAGCUGGAGCCAUCGUUAUGAUGUCGUUGCUCAUUGUCGCUUGGACCUUUGCUCUGGUGGCCCUUCACGCAUAUCAGUCCAGGAUCUGCUGGUCCUUUGCUCGCGACAAUGGCCUUCCUUUCUCACACCUAUGGUCCAGGGUGCACCCAAAGCUAAACAUCCCCCUCGAAGCUCUGAUGCUGUGUGCCUCCCUCAGUGGCAUUCUGUCAGUGCUGUGCGUUGCCUCGACCACGGCUUUCAACAGUCUGGCUGCUGGAGUCAUCAUUUUCCCCUCUCUCACCUACACGCUUCCAGCGGCUUAUUCUCUGCUCCCUCGAAACAAGGAAAUAAAGGGGCCUUUCAACCUGGGGCUUUUUGGGACCGUCUCAAGAGUCAUGACCAUCUGCUUCUGCCUCUUUGCCAUCGUCAUUUACUCCUUCCCAUAUGUCAUGCCUGCCACCGGACCUAAUAUGAAUUAUGUCUGUGCUAUAAUUGCCAUUAUUUUGCUUGGGUCAAUUAUCGACUGGACGUUCCGGGCACGCCACCACUUCACCAUCAGGGAAAGCGAGUAG